UGUAACUUUCCCUUUCUUUCUGUUCUACAGAGAGCGUUUGUUUCUGUCCUCAUUUCACACACAUCUUCACUCUACACUGAGAGUGCUGUCUUCCCAAAAUUCAUAAACUUUUCAGAAACCCAAUCAGAUCUUUGGUCCCAGAUCAGUUCUAGCAGGCUGCAGCAUGUUUACCAGAAAACCCACUCUAAGAUUCAUCUAUUUCCUUCUCACACUUGUCCUAGUACUGAGUUUUAACGUUGUCACAGAGGGUUCCGAGGCUGUCCUUGACGAUAAGGAGGACGAUGAUUUGGAGGCAUUGUUAGCAGUGGACGAGGAAGUAGAGCAGGAAGCCGAAGGCGGUGGUGUGAAGUUAUCCGAAGCAGAGGUUUUAACAAAGGCUCAAAGGAUCGUUCUUGAGCUCAACAAUCACAACACAGAGAGGGUUUUUGAUGGGAACGAGUAUGUUCUUGUUCUGGGGUAUGCACCUUGGUGUCCAAGGAGUGCUGAGCUUAUGCCCCAUUUUGCAGAGGCUGCAACUUCUCUUAAGGAGUUGGGAACCCCUCUUCUGAUGGCUAAGCUUGAUGCUGAUAGGUAUCCCAAGUCAGCUUCAAUCCUUGGGGUCAAAGGGUACCCUACUUUGCUUCUCUUCGUCAAUGGCACCUCCCAAGCGUACUCUGGCGGUUUCACAGCGGAUGAUAUAGUGUUAUGGGCAAGAAAAAAGACCGGUACACCUGUUAUUCGGAUAAGUUCAGUGACAGCGGCUGAGGAAUUUCUGAAAAAGUAUCAUACGUUUGUCAUUGGAUGGUUUGAUAAAUUUGAGGGACCUGAUUAUGAAGAAUUUGUGAGUGCUGCAAAGUCCGAUAAUGAAACCCAGUUUGUUGAAGUGAAUAAGUUAGAGCUUGCCCAAGUUCUUUAUCCAGAUAUCAAGCCUACUGAUCGUUUUGUUGGAAUUGUUAAGAGUGAACCCGAAAGAUACACUGCAUAUGAUGGAGCUUUCGCAAUGAAUAAAAUACUGGAGUUUUUAGAUUACAACAAAUUUCCGUUAGUUACAAAACUGACUGAAAUGAAUUCUGUCAGAGUCUACUCUAGCCCCAUCAAGCUUCAGGUUUUAGUCUUUGCAGACAUGGAUGACUUUAAUAAUCUUCUUGAUCCUCUUCAAAAUGUUGCAAGAUCUUUCAAGUCGAAGAUAAUGUUUAUACAUGUUGAUAUUAAUGAUGAGAACCUUGCAAAGCCCUUCCUGACAUUGUUUGGUUUUGAAGAAUCAAAAAAUACGGUGGUAGCUGCAUUUGGUAAUGGAAUGAGCUCAAAAUAUUUGUUGGAGUCAAAACCAACACAAAGCAAUAUUGAAGAGUUCUGCAAUAAUCUUGUGCAAGGUUCUCUGUCACCUUACUUCAAGUCACAGCCCAUACCAGAUAAUACAGAAGCUAGUGUCCAUGUUAUUGUUGGGAAAACAUUUGAUGACGAAAUUUUGAGCAGCAAGAAGGAUGUGCUUCUGGAGGUAUUCACACCUUGGUGUAUCAACUGUGAGGCCACAAGCAAGCAAGUAGAGAAGUUGGCAAAGCACUACAAAGGAUCAACUAAUCUAAUCUUUGCUAGGAUAGAUGCUUCAGCAAAUGAACAUCCUAAAUUGCAAGUGAAUGACUAUCCCACACUUUUACUUUACAGAACAAAUGACAAGACAAAUCCGAUCAAACUUUCUACAAAAUCUAGUUUGAAAGAAUUGGCUGCAUCCAUCAACAAACUUCUUAAAGUCAAGAAUCAAGUCGUCAAAGAUGAGUUAUAGAACAUACCGAAAAGUUUUGGGAGAAAAAGACACCCUCUAGAAAGAAAACACUAUGGAAAAAAUAAAUAAAUAUUUUUGUGUAUUACAUAAGCAUUUUAUUUUAUUUUUACCUUUCCCUCCACUUGUCCAGAUAUAACUUAGUCUGUUAUCAGAAUUAGCUACUGCCAAAUAGCAAAAAGCUAGGCAGAUUAGCAUCACUUAAUGAACUAGAGAACAUACUUCAAACUGUAUAUCGGGCAAUAUUUUUCUAUUUAUUUCUCAUAGAAACCACCU